GUAGCCUUCACUUCCAGCUCCGCACCUCUCCACUCCGUCUGAGAGACCGGGCAUGGAUGACCCCCCACAAAAUGGCUCCACACACAGACUAAUAUCACCAGCACUCCGCAGACGGGAACCAAUUCCAGGCCUGUGUUAAGCCUAUAUUGGAAUUCAGAAGCCUUGGUGUAUGUUGGGCUAUUUUAUGUUCACACACGUCCCGCUACCAUGAUGGAAAAACUGAAAGCGGAUCUGAGCCGGAGCAGCCCGGGCGAAGAGCCGAAGGGACGGGAGCAUAGUACACUUGACGCGCCGGUCACCGCGCUACCGGUCACCGCGCUACGGGACACCGCGCUACCGGUCACCGCGCUAAGGGACACCGCGCUACGGGACACCACGGCGGCCGUGGCCGACUCCGAUGAGUCCCGGGAGACAGGGCGGGAGACGGUCACCGCCGACCACUGCAACGGGACCGUCAUCGUUAAUGGGGUUACCAAGGCAACGGCGUAUGACGGAACCGAGCUAAAGAAGGAGGUGACGGUGAUCGAGCUCGGGCGGCGCGCGGGCGCCGUGCAGACCACGGAGCUGUGCAGGCCGCCGUUACCGCCGCCCCGCCGGCACGCGCUCAACGAAACCCGCAUGGUCCAGCUCAGCCCCCCGGCUUUCCCCCUGCACGCGCGAGCGAUGUUGUACAGCAACCUGGCGCCGCCGCUCACCGCAGUUAACAGUGGCUUUGGGGAUCCGGAUCAAUACGGCAUGUAUCCCAGCAACCGGAAGCGGCGGCCGGCUCCGUACGAGGUCGAGAUCGACGAGGCCGGGCAGCCCAAGGUGGUUCGGCGGAUCUUCACGAACAGCCGAGAGCGCUGGAGGCAGCAGAACGUGAACGGCGCCUUCGCGGAGCUGCGGAAGCUGAUCCCCACGCACCCCCCCGACAGGAAGCUGAGCAAGAACGAGAUCCUGCGGCUCACCAUGCGCUACAUCAACUUCCUGUCCCAGCUGCUGAGCGACCAGGACCGGGGGCCCGGGGCUGGGGCCGGGACCGGGGCCGGGGCCCGGGGCCGGGGCAGCUGUGGAGAGGAAGAGGAGGAAGAGGACGGUGAUGAUGACGUGCUCCUGCAGGGGGCGCUGUCCCCUAACUCCAGCUGUGGCAGCCUGCCAGACGGGGAGGGCAGUCUGGAGAGCUUCGCUGAGGAGCAGGACUCUCCCUGCGGCCUGCAGCUCCACCGCCCGCCACUAGAGGGAGCCCAGCGGCGGUGACACAAGGGGGGUGGGACAGACUGACCGACAGACAGACAGCAGCAGGAACAAUAGAGCCUCAACACCUCUAUCUCUCUCUCUCUCUCCCUCUGUCUGCCUCCCUUCUCUCUCUCUCUGCCACCCUUCUCCCUCUCUCCCUCUCUAUCUGCCUCCCUUCUGUCUCUCUCUCUUUCUCUAUCUGCAUCCCUUCUAUCUCGCUCUCCCUCUCUAUCUGCCUCCCUUCUCUCUCUCUCUCUCUCUCUCUGCUUCUCUCUCUCUUUCCUUAGCCCCUUUCCCACAUGCAUCCUAACCCAUAAACGUUCCGGUGAUUUUUCCAUGUUGCCGUAUGUGAGCAGAGCCAGAGUUUAUUUUUCGUGUCCGGACGUUCCUGAGAUUUGCUGGUUCAAAAUCUUGUGAGAUUUCCAGGAAUCUUCUGCCUUGGCUGUGACCAGAAGCAGAUAACAGCAUUCCCUGACAAAGGCUACGAUGCAGGAACUUUCCAUUCUGCCACUUUCAUAAAUCGGUACUUUACUGACUCUGCCAUCUCAAUUAUUCUCACACACGUAUGUAAUGGUAAAUGGUGAAUGGUAAAUGGUUGGAAUUUAUAUAGCGCCUUUAUCCAAAGCGCUGUACAAUUGAUGUUUCUCAUUCACCCAUUCAUACACACACUCACGCACCAGUGGUGAUUGGCUGCCAUGCAAGGUGUGUUCAGAGAGGAUCUUAGUGCUGCAUGCGUGGUUUUUUUGAGAGAGAUUUGAACAUUUGUUUUAGGAAUACACAGUGUUACUGUUUUUGGCAGCAAUAGCUUUGUCUAUUGUAAGAAAACCAUUCCAAAAAAACAUUCCAAAAUUGAUUAUGUGCAGUGUAAUAUUCUAACAUCUGUGUCUGGCUCUUCCAGUAAAAAAAGCUUUUUCACACAAUGUAGGAAGCUGGCUAUUGCCACACACCAAUGGUGUACUGUAUAUAGCUAGCUGUGGCUGACAGAAUGGUUUUCAUUGCAUUUUACUGAACACAACUCAUAUACGGUGGGGUGCAAACAUUUGGGCGCCCCUGGUUUAAAUGUCCAUUACAAUGAAUCUGUAUGUGACUGAACUGAAUGGUACAGAGUUAAACAUGAGACCUUACUGCAAAUUUUAAAACAAAAUUUUUCUUUUCAUGUUUUACCAUUUAUAAAUGAUUAAAAAAAGGAACCUGUACAAA